CUCUGAAACACGCGCACAUCCGGUUCGUUCACGGGGUUUGUUGCUAUGUUGAAGUGCAUUUUGACAAUUAAGUUGCGACCUUGAGAAUAAAACUUCCAAUGGCCGCUGGUGUUUUGGGAUAAAAAAAGAAAACAGGGAUGAAAGAGGGACGACCAUUUCCAAAAUGCCUCCUCCAGACAGACGAGCAAAAACGCUUGAUCGUCCGUUUCCAAAAUCUAAAGAAAAAGAGCUUCUUGAUCUGCGUAGGCUUCUUUCGUUUGUCUCGGUUCCUCUCUCUAAGCAGCAGUCCACAGGAAAUCAGUCUAAGGGCAGAAAGCCACAGAAUUCUCCCCAGGUGAAUGAGAACAGGAAGCAUAUGAGGCCCACAGUGGCGGAGGCAGCCGAGCUUGAGAAAUUCAGCGUGAAGUACAGAGAGCAGAGACAUUUCUCCGGACAUCCUCAGCACAGUCUGUUCUCAGAUAUCUUCACGGCCCUGAUCAAAAACCGACUCAACUGCAGCGAGUGGCUGGACCAUUCCUCACCUGAAAACGUCCUCAGAGUUCUCAUCUGCCUGAGAUUGUUGAUAAGAGAGCCUCAUUACCAGAAAGUGUUUCAUGAGCUCCAUGGAUUAAUUCACCUUACAAAGUACAUGGAGUCGGUCAGCAGUGCGUAUCUGGAAAAUAAAGAGUGUGCACUGGAAACCGAACAACUCGUCACCAUGACCUAUGUGUGUCAAAAAAUGGCCAUGGCUGCAGAGCAGAGGAAGUGGCUGAUUGACUGUGAAGCUCACAAGACUCUUGGAAAGCUCCUUUCUGCCCGAGACAGUAACGUGUUAUUAGGUGCCCUUCUGGCCCUCACUACUCUAGCAGACAGCCCCGAGUGCAAGGAGAAGAUCGGAGAGCUGUGUGUGGUGGAGAACCUGCUGGUGAUUUUGCAGGAAUAUGAUAUGCUAUCAAAAAGGCUCAGUGCCGAGCUCCUGCGUCUGCUCUGUCCCGUCCCGGCCGUCCGUGAGCAGGUGUGUGAAUGCGACGGCGUCCCCGUCCUACUGAGCAUGCUCCAUGCGGAUCACCUGAAGCUCCUCUGGAGCACUGUGUGGGUUCUGGUCCAGCUGUGCCAGGAUCCAGAGGGCAGCGCCAACAUCCGAGCCUGGGGAGGAAUUCAGCAGCUUCUUCGCAUCCUGAACGGAGAGCGAGCGUAUGUGUCUGAUCGCUCAUCCAUAGCGACCCUCUCCAGUGCUAACGCUGCUGGCCGUCUGCACAAACAGCAUGUAUGUGAGGAUCUGAGUCCACACGAGGCUGAAGAGAACACAGUGGCUUUGCAUGCUGCAUGCUGUGCUGCGAUAACAGAGCUGGUGCUGGACGACGCAGCGGCCCACCAUGUGGUGCAGGAAAACGGCGUGUACAUAUUAGGCAAACUGAUCCUGCCACAUGGACCCAGGUCAGCAUCACUGCAGUGUUACGCUUUCCGGACUCUGCGCUUCCUGUUCAGUAUGGAGCGGAAUAGACAUCUUUUUAAAAGACUCUUCCCACCAGAACUGUUUGAGAUGUUCAUCGACAUCGGGCAUUAUGUCAGAGACAUCACAGCGUACGUUCCUCUGCAGGAAAGAAUCUCAGUGCUUUCAGCUGAAGAAUUAGAUGGACUGAAGGAAAGGAUCGAAGCAGUGAAUCAGAACCGUCCUCCUCUCAGAGUGAUUAACGGCUACUCCGUUCUCGAUCCUCUGGGCAGUGGAGCCUUCGGUACUGUUUUCAAGGUCCGCAAACAGGGAGCGCAAAACUGUUUGGCACUGAAGGAAGUGAACCUCCACAAUCCCGCUUUCGGCCACGACAAAAAAUCCCGAGACAGCAACGUUGACAAAAUAGUGUCCGAGCUCACCAUAAUUAAGGAACAGAUGACACACCCAAACAUUGUGAAAUACCUCAAGACAUUUUUAGAAUGUGACAGGCUGUAUAUUGUGAUGGAGCUGGUGGAAGGCGCACCGCUGGCCGAGCAUUUCAGCUCCCUGAAAGAAAAACAGCAGACGUUCACAGAAGAACGAGUGUGGAACAUUUUCAUUCAGAUGUGUCUGGCUUUAAGAUACUUACACAAGGAGAAAAGGAUCGUCCACAGAGACCUGACUCCUAAUAACAUCAUGCUGGGAGAAGGGGAUAAAGUCACCAUCACUGAUUUUGGUCUCGCGAAGCAGAAACAAGAAACCAGCAAACUAACGUCCGUUGUCGGGACCAUUCUCUACUCCUGUCCAGAGAUCGUGAAGAAUGAGCCGUACGGAGAGAAGGCUGACGUGUGGGCUGCCGGCUGCGUCCUGUAUCAGAUGGUCACUCUCCGACCUCCCUUCUACAGCAACAAUAUGCUCUCGCUCGCCACCAAGAUUGUGGAGGCUGAAUUUGAGCCGGUGAAGAACACAGCCUUUUCAGAAAGAAUUACAGACAUGAUUAAAUGGUGCCUGACCCCGAAUGCGGAUUUGCGGCCCGACAUUGUGGAGGUCAGUUCCAGAAUCUGUGACCUGAUGAUGAAGUUCCUGGAUGGUGUGAACACCUCGCAUAACGUGCUGGAGAAGAGAGCCGAGCGGGACAGGAGGCGAGCGCAGAAAUACUGCAUCGAAAGCAACCGCCUGAAGCUCACAUGCUGCAGGCCGCCUCAGGGAAUGGACUUUAACGAUGAUAUUCUGGUCGGUCAACACGCUCAGGAGUCUGAGACACGAGAUCGAAGUUUCUCAGACUCGGUAGACGAAGAGGCAAAUGUGCAAGAUUUUCACACAAGCCACGUCUCAACAACUGCCUCUGUCCAGAGUUCAGCCUCAGCUCAGGCACAUCUGCACCAACAUCAUCGGACCAAGAGUCCUGACAGCUUCUCGCUCCCUGAUGACCAAAGCCGAACUGGUGUUGACUUUUCAAAGCCUAAAGCUCGACCAGGAUCAGCUGGGAUCUGCGUAUCCCACAGGAAAGUCCGUCAGAUCGACGAUCCCAACCUACGGCUUCUCGAACUGCUGCAUAAAAUCAUAUUCGUCACUCAGCUUCCUCCUGGACCUCAGACCAGUUUUUCCCGGCGGGCAAUAGAGCGCUUUAAGAAAUCGCUGUUCCAGCGUGAAAUCAGUCCGUUUCAUUUGAAGAUGGAGCUCAAUAAGGUGCUUCAGGGAAGUCAGGAGGUGGUAGAGUUGGGGUCAGGCAGCAGGGACUGGUGGUCCAUGGUGCAGUCUGGACGAGCCGAGACACACGGUGAACUGGGAUUUUCAAGUCCUCAAGAGGGCAUCACUUACGAGCAGGUACAGGUCAUGAUUGAGGAAGUGCUCGAGCAAAGCGCUUAUUACAGCACACCUCCAGCCAGGAGCGAGUCAGAGACAGGAAACAGCCGAACUGCCAGCCUGUGACUGGUGAAGUGAUGUAAUAUCCGUGUGUUAUGAACAUAUGCUGAUUACAGGAAGCCUCAGAACUGAUUUGUUCCUCGACGCCGAGGGAUUUUGAGUUUGAAGUGACACACCAAGCCUCUCUGAACACGAGCAGAUCCACCGUCUGAUCUGUAGUAACUCUAGCUAAACUCUGUUGUUCAGACAGACUGCUGUUCAUUUCUUUGGAAUGGAUUAUAUCUGUGCUGACCUCACAUCCUGUACAACCUGCCUGCUCUCUGCACACAGCUAGCUCUCGACCUCGAAGGCAUCGUCUCACCUGUAGAUCCUGCGCCUCGGGUUCGUCUGCGUAAACGUGAUUGGAUAUAAAAUUCUCAGGGUUAUGGAUGUGGGAUACUUUUCUUCAACCUCACUGCCUUGCAGUUCAGGUUUCGCUUCCGGUCUCAGGUCGACCUUGUGCGCACUUUAUCUUAGAAGAGUAUCUGUUCAGAUUUUUCACCUAAAAUUCUACUUUUUAAAAUAUAUAUAUAUAUAUUAUAUAUAUAUACACCGAUCAGGCAUAACAUUAUGACCAGUGACAGGUGAAGUGAAUAAGACUGAUGAUCUCCUCAUCAUGGCACCUGUUAGUGGGUGGGAUAUAUUAGGCAGCAAGUCAACAUUUUGUCCUCAAAGUUGAUGUUAGAAGCAGGACAACUGGACAAGUGUAAGGAUUUCAGCGAGUUUGAUGAAGGGCCAAAUUGUGAUGGCUAGAUGACUGGAUCAGAGCAUCUCCAAAACUGCAGCUCUUGUGGGGUGUUCCCGGUCUGCAGUGGUCAGUAUCUAUCAAAAGUGGUCCAAGAAAGGAACAGUGGUGAACCGGUGACAGGGUCAUGGGCGGUCAAGGCUCACUGAUGGACGUGGGGAGUGAAGGCUGGCCCGUGUGAUCCGAUCCAACAGACGAGCUACUGUUGCUCAAACUGCUGAAGAAGUUAAUGCUGGUUCUGAUAGAAAGGGGUCAGAAUACACAGGGGGACCAAGACAAAAUUAGGCAGGUGGUCAUCAUAUUAUGCCUGGUCAGUGUAUAUAGCAUUGAGUUUAGUUUUUUGUCCUAAUUAUGAUGUGAUUUUCAAUUUGAAUAAAAGAAAAAGGUUGUUUUUCAGGCUGAUGAUUUUUCCUUUUAUUCAGAAAAUAAUUAAUCAACAACGGAGUUACUGUUACUACCCCAAACUGUGAUCAUCCUUCUAUCCUAAUGUGCUUUACUCCCUUUCACAUUUUACAUUCGCUUUGGGAACAACUGCAAUUUUAUUAAC